GCACAGAACAAGGAAGCUUCAGCAGCUGAUCUGUUUGUACUAAACUCACUCAUAUAAUCUUUAAUAAUGGAAGCAGCAGAUGUUGGAAAUGUUGCUCCUGUGGAUUUACACAUUAUAACAAUUAUGAAGGAAGAAGAUGAAGAUGAAGGUUACCUCUAUGGAGGAACAUUCAACUCUGUGGAAGACUCUAACCCUGAGGGAACCAGUUCCUCUGCAGGACACGCUGCUCCAGUGGACCAACAGCCUGAAGGUUUCAUGAAAAAGACUAUAAAAGAAGAAGAUCCUGAUGAUGACGACAAACUGGACGAUGAUUUCUUCUGCUCCUUGUGUCCGUUUUCCUGUUCGGCCCAGAUUUAUCUCUACAAGCACAUGAAGAGUUGUCACAACGGCAAAAACGAGACGCUUAUUAAAUCUGAAGAGGAUGGAGGUAAAAAUCCCAGUGAUCAGCAAACCUCCUCUGAUCCUCUCAGCAUGAGCACUUCUCAUCAACACAAGCAGAAGGAAAUUAACUGCCCAGAUUGUGGAAAGAGCUUUAGGUGGCAGAGUGCGCUCAAAAUCCACCAGCGCAUUCACACCGGAGAAAAACCGUACUGCUGCUCACAGUGUGGAAAGUCCUUUAAAAAACCGGAUCAUCUCAAAAUUCACCAGUACAUUCACACUGGAGAGAAACCAUAUUGCUGCUCACAGUGUGGAAAGUGUUUCAAUCAUCACACUCAUCUCAGAAAUCACCAGCGCAUUCACACUGGAGAAAAACCCUAUUGCUGUACAGAGUGUGGGAAAGCUUUCAAGCAACAGUGUCAACUAAAAACACACCAACUCAUUCACACGGGGGAGAGACCGUAUCAGUGCCCGGAGUGUAAGAAAUGUUUCUAUCAACUGGGUCAUCUUAAAAGACACCAGCUGUCUCACACUGGAGAGAAACUGUUUUUCUGCUCACUAUGUGGGAAGGGUUUUAAUCGAAAUCAUUGUCUUAAAAUCCACCAGCGCAUUCACACCGGAGAGAAAUCAUUUUCAUGCACACAGUGCGGCAAGAGUUUUAAUAAAAAAUAUCAUCUCAAAGUUCACCAGCGCAUUCACACUGGAGAAAAACCAUAUUUUUGCUCAGAGUGUGGAAAGAGUUUUAAUGAACCUCAUUAUCUUAAAAUCCACCAGCGCAUUCACACUGGAGAAAAACCAUUUUUCUGCACACAGUGCGGGAGGUGUUUUAGCGAUGGGAGUUCUUUUAGAAGACACCAGCGCAUUCACACCAGAGAGAAACUACCAGUGCUCACAGUGCAGGAAGAGAUGUAAACAUCAUACUUAUCUUAAAGUGCACCGGCGCAUUCACACUGGAGAAAAAACAUAUUUCUGCUCACAGUGUGGGAGGUGUUUUAAUUACUGUCUUA